CGGAAAAAUGGGGACGAGGGUUUAUAAUUAGGUUGGGUCUCUUUGUUUUGGACACGCAUUAGGGUUUUAAGAGAACUCUUCUCGUUCUGUUUCCUUAUAAAUUUUACGCCGUUGUUCAUUUGUGCAUUCACACAUCUCAUCUCAAGCCUCAACAUCAUCGCCUCUUCCUCACAUCUCUACAUUCUCCAAUCCCUCGUCUAUCUCUCUAAUGGAAUUUACCUGUUCCAAUGUUUCAAUUUUAUCUUGUCCCAUUUUCCAUUAAUCUUCACAACUACACAACUCUGUUAACCAGAUGAUUCUCUAAAUUUCUUUUAGUGAUUUCUUGUUUUAACUGUGUGAAUUGAUUGAUUCAAAACAUAUGAGUUUGGUGAAAGUUUUAAUUUAGGUGUUAUAUGAUCGUAAAUCUUCCUAAUUUUGAGGUUUUUUUUUUUUUUCUAUUCUUUAUAUUUCUAACUAGGGUUUUAUGGAUUCUGAGAAAAUAAUAUGUAAUUUGUAUUUUUUUGGGAAAAGAAUUGGCACAUUUCAGACACGGGUGUUAGUUUUUACCAAUAAUUAGCCACCUUUUGCACGGUGCCUAUAAAGAUGCUAUUCAUCACGAUUGGAGGGAGCUUUUAUUUUCAGCUAUAGUUCUCCUUCAAAUUUAGAACAGCUAUAUAUUCCAAUUUCAAAACUUCCAUUAUAUGCUUUCCGUAUUUCCAAUUAUUGCCUGGUUUUAAUUUUUUGUAAUGGAACUACUUUUGCUAGAUUGAAUAUGAUAAACUGCUAUUAAUUCUAACCUAUCAAAUAAAUGGCUCCAUCAUAAGAGUCAACAGCAAGUGCCGAUUGAUGGUAAUUUGACUGCCGCUUGGAGCCAAUAGGAAAGCUUGCUGUAGGAAGAUUGCUUGAAACUCAUUGUUGUUUCAUGCCACAAUACCCAGCUACAUCUCCACCUUCAUUUUGAUUAAGCUUUUUAACUAUGGUUUAUUUAUGUGCAGUGUAAUUGAACUAGUUGAAUUGAAUAGAUUAAUGGGUUUGUUUUCAUUUACAUAAUUUCUUGCCUCUAAAGAGUAGCCUUGUGAAUUACUUGAAUUUCACAUUGGUUUAGUUAGGGGGCAUACAUGAACUUGAGGUUCAAAUUUUAUAUUUGAACCUUUUUUGCUGAGGCCUUUUGAGGGGAUUAUUCUUUUACCAUGUAUAGUCUUCCAAGCAGCCUUGGACAGCUCUUUUCAAUACAUUAAUGUCCUUAAUUUAUUUCUUAGAUUACUUGAGAUGUGUCAUUUUUUAGUUCUAUUUGAGAAAUCUUGUGUGAUCAUUCAUCAGUGAUGAGCCUUUAACAUGUAAGAAGAUUUGACUUGGUGUUGGAUCUUCGAUGCAAUACUCUUGUUAACGCUUGGCUUCUGAGAUGAACUACAAGUGCAAAUUCCCAUUUUAUAGGCUAUAGUAUCUUUAAUUGUACCCUUUACUAUUGGAAAUGGUCCAUAAGGAGUACUCUGUCCGACUGUCCCUUUAAAUAUGCUAAGUAACGCAAAAUAAGAGCUUUUUGGAUGUUGUAUAGCAAAACGCAAAUUGAUAUGAGAUGGAUUAGGUUAUGAACACUGAAAUUCUUGCAAUUCGACCAUGAAGGCAUAAUAGGUCUUGUUGAUCCCGAAUUUCACUUUUAGAUUAUAUUUGAUCAACUAUAAUCAUCUAUUUGUUGGAAAGAAUCACAUAUAUGAAACUAAUUGUAUAUUGCCUUUUGAUUCAGUUCAUGUUUUUAUUGCAUCUGAUUUACCUACUCUUCAGUCACAUAUUGAUGUUUAUGAAGAGGUAUAGCAGGUGCAUAUAAUGAAAAGGAUGGCUUACCAGCCCAUUGCAUUGUGUUUUUCUGUAGCUAUGGCGUCAAAUGGACCUUCCGAUAUCCCUAUUUUUGUGUUAUAUUCCAAUAAGCUUAGAAGUUGGCAAAUGAUGAAAUAAGUUUUAUGCUUAACACUGAAUGUUUUGGUGUUGACAACAUACUCCGCUUAUUAUCUGAUGUCAUUCAUUUCAUCUUAAUCAUGGUUUUUACUUGCAAGUAGAGGUGUAAUUCAGGUUAUCGGGUCACAUGUUUCAGAUCGAGUUGGGAUCGGGUUUUGAGUCCAUAUUAAUUUUUACAUAAUUCUAAAUUAUUUUGUAGUCGAAUUAAGUCAGGUUUGGUUACAAUGUCGGCUAAAUAUUGUGUCAUUGGGUCUAUUUUUAAAACUUCUACUCUAAGUUUUCUACUUGUUAGUUUGGCAUGUUGGUGAAGUCUGGGCUUGAAUGUACAAGAUCUUACCUUUGUUAUACUUUUGUUAGAUUGGCGUAUGAUGAAAAUAAAUUGUUGAAAAAUACUUAUCCUACACUCUGAAAUUUGAUGUUGAUUCAGCUCUACUACAUUUCUGAUGCCUUUCUAGAGUAUGUUCUCUUCUUACAAAAUGGGCAAGUUUUUUUAAAUUCAUCAGUUUUAUCUUCAAUGAUGAGAAAUAGCAGACGGGCGGUCAGAAUCUGAUGCUGUGUAGAAUGUCUGCAAACUUCCAAUAUUUGGAAUUACUCUGAGGUUCUUGGUUAUACUGUGUGUUAAUGACUGACUUUUCAAUUUUUUUUACUGCAUUAAAUUUGCUACUUUUACAUGAAAAGCUAACAAAUUUGAUUAAACAGAGAAUUAUUUCUGAUUGAAAAAUGAGAAGGUUUAAAUUUCCUGCCAUGAUGAAUAGCAAAUUUAUGUCUGGACUUCUGAAGUUCGAUAAUGAAUUAUUUAUGCUCUCACUGAGCAGGAUUUAAGUCCCAUUUUCUUAUUUUGUCUGCUAAAAUUAAAAUAAGUUUAAUAUGCGAUCGUGAAUUCGGUCGUGUAUGUGUGCAGGUGCCUACUGAUGUAAAACCAAUAAUAAUUUGGGGAGUAAAUUUCAUCUCGGUUCAAGAGUAAUUAUCACAUUUUUAAUUUGAUUUUUAUAUAGUUCUUUCAUUCAUUUGACCUACUUUUAAAAAAGGAGAUGGGCAGUGGGUAUCUGGUGCGUAUUUGGAUAUCAGAUAUCAAUAUGCCCCAUUUGAGAUUAAACGUCUCCGAUAUUAAAAGCAGGAUUUAAUGCUUGUGCACCGAUGAUUAUGGUUUGCAAGUUUGGCUUUUCUGUUACAUUUAUCUCUAAUUAUUGUUCAUUGAAACUAAUAAUAUAGCAAGAAAAUCCUAAUCAAUAACGGAUAAAAUGACAAAAUACGUAAAGAAAAAGUUAAAAUAAAAAUCUCAAAAGCCCUCUUUAAAAUGGAGAUAUAUAAGUGUGAUUUAUUACUUUCUUAAUUAACUGUUAUUUACUUAUACCAACUCUAAUAUAGUUGUAUGAUUGUACUUUCUUUUGGUCAAUUUCAGUUGUGAGAGCGAUAGGCAAGUUGGUUUGAUGUCUUCUCUAUUGACGCCAAAGGGUUUUAAAAUAGAUUCGAUGAUCUGAAGUUUGUUCGAUUUUUGAAUUGAAUUCUAUUUAAUUCGACUUCAAAAUGAAUUUAAAAUAAUGUAAAAAGCAAUGAGGACACGAGUUUUGGUGUUAAACCCAAUUGAAACAUCCAUUUGAAAUAUAUGGUCUGAAAUUUACUUAAUGACCUGAUUGAAUAUUCUAAACAUUUUGAUUUUUUAUAAAUGUAGUGUGUGGAGCCACUUGCAAAAUAUAUUAAAAUGUUUUGAUAUGUGUUGCCUGUUCUAAUGUAAAUAAUUUUUUUAAUUGAAUCUCAACUUGUAAACCAAAAUGUGUAACGUAUAACAGUCCAAUCGUCUGAUUGGUGUUCAAUUUUGAAUGCUUAAAAAUGAUUGGCUAAAGGGCAUUAGCGGUCGUGUAGUAGCAACCCUCAGGUUCGAAGCUAACCAUCAACAGCAUGGAUGCGUUGCGGGUGCACUUACAUCUAACACGGGCAAUGAGCAGGGACUAUGCGGAUUAGCAGACGAUGAUGACGACGAUUCAUUCCACGCAAAUGGGAAUGUACAACAUAUUUUAACGAUUGAAGCUUGGGAGGAAACCUUAAAUCUACCAGGGAAGAUUAUUAUAGCAUGUUUUAAGGCAUCAUGGUGCGGACCUUGCAAGAUAAUUGAACCCUUUUACGGAGAUAUGUCUCGAAAAUAUUCGUCAUAUUUAUUCAUUAGUGUUGAUGUCGAUGAUGUACCAGAGAUAAGCGAAUCAUUCGAUAUUCAAGCUACCCCUACAUUCUACUUCUUCUUGGAUAGACAUGAGAUCGACAAGCUUGUUGGCUCAACCAAAGCGGACUUACAAAAGAAGUUAGUUGCUAUUUCAGAAUUAUACAUAUAAGUGAGUUAGAAAUACCAAAAUGUGUAUGUUAGGGGUAGUCUAACUUACCUUAAAAAUAACUUAAUCAUGCCACAUUAUCUCUUAUCCUAAAACAUGGUAUCAUCAUUUAUUUUUUCUAAAAUCUAUUACCACUCUUGUGUUGGAGUUUGGAGAAUGUAUUGGACUGGUUUCAUGCAUGAUUUUCACAUAUUUGUUAUUAGAUUCAAGAGAAGGUUCUAAGAAAAACAUUGUUAUAUUUUUUUGGUAUAUGAUAUGAAUAGUUGUGUUUAGCAUUUAGACAAACUCAUCUUGUGAAACAGACUUGCAUUUGUUUCUUUACUCUACAAUAACUUCAUGUAUGAUUGAGAGUUUUAUCUUUUGUUUUUAAUGACAUGAUUUCGAUACUCAUUUAUCUACAGGAAGAAUUAUGUUCUCUUUCCCUUUACUUGUAGGAAUUCCUUUGUUGAGUAGAAUUCAAUAAAU